CGCGACCGCGGUACCACCGUCAUCUCGGCCGAAGAGCGCGCCAGACGCAUGACGGAGGCCAAGAGCAAGAUUCGCGAGAACGCGACCUUCACUCCCGCCCUUCUGGGCCGUAUCGAGUCUCGCAUCGACUCAAACGCCUUCCGUCGUUGCAUCUCGGACAACACCAUCUAUCAGUCCCUCUGCAACUCGCUCAAGGACAAGAACGUCCCCGAGCGCGAACGUCGCCCCGAUCUCGUCGACUUCCUCGCCCUUGAGGCCAUCGUCGCCGUCAACUAUGACGGUGAGUACAACAAGGUCCUGAAGGACCUCUUCAUCCGCUGCAACACCGCCGCCUGGGUCGACAAGGCGGUUCUUGCGGCUAACCAUGAGUGGUACCGCGACAACCGCUCUGAUGCUCACAAGUUCAUCAAGACUCUCAUCAACAAGGUUGACUCCCAACUCUUGGAGAUCAUCCUCGAGGACAUUGAUACUAGCUUCUGGCGUCAGACUCUCAACGACCACGUCCUCUACAAGAAGAUUCUUGAGAAGCUCAAGAACAACCGCGACCUCAGUCAGCGUGACGUUCUCACCGCUGUGGCCCUCAACGGCGGCAAGUACCCGACCGAGGUCUUCCGUCACCUCAUUGUCCACCAGAACUCCGCCAUGUGCCACUGGGGCAACAACGUCCAGGCUCAGCAUGCCCUCUAUGAGGACGACGAGUUCCAGGAUACUCGGGCUCAGAACACCGUUGUCAGCGACACUAUGGCCAACCUUGAGUCCUUCGCUGAUGCGAUGUACGAUAAGGACAAGAGCAAGGAGAUCCGGAAGAAGGUCCGCGAGCUUAAGGACAUUAUGAAAGGAGACCUCGGUCUUCUCCGUCACACUUUGGGUGGUCGUGUCCAGAAGAACACCGGCGGA